AUGGACGAGCUGUGCGGCGUCGCCGCGCAGACGACGGUGCGCUCGCACUUCUGCUCGCUCGAGCACGUGACCACUGUGCACGUGUACUCCCUAGACCUGAACGUGCUGCCGCCGCCGCCGCUGAUCCCGGCCGAGUUCACGAUCCUCAACUACCUGGAGGCUGCCGUCAACAAGACGGUGCAGCACAGCAUCCUCUGCGACGUGUGCAAGAGCUACCACGCGAUCGAGGCGGCGCUGCGCGUCGGCCGGCUCCCGCACGUGCUGAUGCUGCACGUGGACCUGGACAACGAGCAGCUGAACGAGGUGCGCAGCUUCCAGCACUGGCUCGUGCCGGAGUUCUACACCACCGCGGCCACGGGCAGACCGAUCUUCCGCACGAGCCCCGUCGCCGGCGCAGGCACGCGGUACGAGCUCGUCGGCUAUGUGGCGCAGAUCACGUCUAGGGACAACACGAAUCACCUGGUGACGCUCUCGCGGACGCCGGAGGGCGAGUGGUACCUGUUGAACGACUUUCUGGUGACCAGGAUAUCCAGAGAGGAGGCCCUGAACCUCACGUACUGGUGGAAGCGGCCGGUGUUGGCGGUUUACCAGGACCUUUCGGAGCGCGAGUUUGACUACGACGGGUGGAAAGCUGUGAUCAACGACUCGAUCCUGUACCGCGACCAUUUCGCGCAAGGCACGCGCGAGGGCAAGAUCGUCGAGUACGAGCUGCUGACGCGGGAGGAGGCGCCGAAACCGGGCACGUUGGUGGCCAUUGACGCGGAGUUUGUGCUGCUCGCGCCCGAGGAGUACGUUUUCCGCUCGAGCGGGGCCAAGGUGCUGGUACGGCCGAAAAAGGUGUCGCUGGCGAGAGUCUCCGUGAUCCGCGGCGAGGGCCCCAGAGAGGGCGUGUGUUUCAUCGACGACUACAUUCUGACGGACGAGUCGAAGAUCAAGGACUACAUCACGUCGUUCUCGGGCAUCGAGCCGGGCGACCUGACGCCGGAGAAGUCCAACAAGACCGUCGUCACGCUGCAGACGGCGUACCGCAAGAUCUGGCUGCUGCUGAACCUGGGCUGCGUUUUCGUGGGCCACUCGCUCAGCGGCGACUUCCGCGCCAUCAACAUCCAGGUUCCGCCGCAGCAGGUGCGCGACACGGCCGAGCUGUUCUACCUGAAGCGCGAGAAGCGCAAGCUGGGCCUCAAGUUUCUGGUCUACCAGCUGUUCAACGACAGAGUCCAGACGGGCAACCACGACUCGAUCGAGGACGCGCACUCGGCGCUGCGGCUGUACCGCAAGUAUCUGGAGCUCAAGCAGUCGGGCGAGCUCGAGGAGACGCUACAACGGAUAUAUCUGGAGGGACAGUAUUCGCGGUUCAGAGUGCCGUCGAGCUAA